UAAAUCGAUGAGGAUCCACAUAAAAUGGUGACUCAUCAAUAAAAAUAUUCUAUAUAAUUAAAAAACAUUCUAUUACCACUACAUACUCAGAAAAGAAAGUAUUAAAUCAGACUACAUUGUAUUUUAAAAGUAGUUGAAUCAUCGUACUUAGAAUUAUCUCACAACUGAAAUUCAAGCAGGACAGAAAAGAAGAAACACAAGCAUAAAAUUGUUUAGAUACGAUGAUGAUUACUUCAGAAAUUAGUAGCCUAAUUAAGGUUAGUGUUGGUUUAGUAUUAUGUUUUGUUGUAUUGAAAUGGUUAUGGAAACUUCUAGAUGGCUUUUGGAUAACUCCUAAACGACUCGAGAAAUGUCUCAAACGACAAGGUCUAAUUGGAAAUUCUUACAAGUUUUUGGUUGGAGAUUUGAAGGAAAAUUCAAAAUUACGUGACCAAGCGAAGAACAAGCCUCUUCCUUUUACUCAUGACUAUUUUUCUCGUAUUCAACCUUUACUCCAUAAACUUCUCCAAACCUCUGAAAAAAGUUGUUAUACAUGGAUGGGACCAGUGCCAACAGUAUUGAUCACAGAGCAUGAGCUAAUAAGAGAUGUAUUCACAAGAAUGAAUUUAUUUAAGAAGCCAAAAUUAAAUUAUCUUGUUGAAAUACUUUUUUCUGGACUUGUUCGUUAUGAGGGUGAGAAAUGGGCUAAACACAGAAAAAUUGUCAAUCCUGCUUUUCAUAUGGAGAAGCUUAAGUUUAUGCUCCCUGCAUUUCAAACCAGCAUUAGUGAAGAGCUAGAAAAGUGGGAAGGUCUGGUAACUAAAACAGGUAGUACAGAGAUAGAUGUGUGGCCAAGUCUAUUAAGCAUUACAGCUGACGGCAUCUCUAGAGCUGCUUUUGGUAGUAGCUUUCAAGAUGGUAGAAAGAUUUUUGACCUAAUCACUGAGCAAAAAGAAAUUGUUAUGAGCAAUAUUAAAUAUUCUUUUAUCCCUGGUUGGAAAUAUAUGCCAACAAAGGCAAAUAGAAGAUUGGAAUCAAUACACAAAGAAAUACAAGAUUUGUUGAAUGGAAUAAUUGGGAGAAGGAAGAAGGCAAUGGAAGAAGGAGAACCUGCUAAGGAUGAUGUGUUGGGGAUACUUCUAGAAUCAAACUUUAGAGAAGCCAAGCUAAUGAAAACUCAAAAUGUUGGUGGCAAGAAACAAUAUGCUUUAAGCUUUCCUGAAAUGGUUGAAGAGUGUAAGUUGUUCUACAAUGCUGGCCAAGAGACCACAGCAGUGUUGCUUGUUUGGACUAUGAUUUUGUUAGGAAAGCACCAAGAUUGGCAAGCACAAGCUAGAGAAGAAGUUCUUGCAACCUUUGGGAAGAAUAAACCCGAUUUCGAUGGCUUAAACAAUCGUCUUAAAAUAGUGACAAUGAUACUUUACGAGGUGUUAAGAUUGUAUCCACCGGUAGGUGCAACCUCUCGAAGGCUAUAUGAUCGUGAAACAAAACUAGGAGAUUUAACUGUUCCACCAGGAGUUGUACUUUCGGUGUCGAUCCUUCAUGCUCAUUUGGAUCCUAAGGUUUGGGGUGACGAUGCGAAAGAGUUCAACCCAGAGAGAUUUUCACAAGGGAUCGCCAAGGCAACUAAGGGUACUAAUGCAUACUUGCCCUUUGGUUGGGGACCAAGAAUAUGUAUCGGUCAGAAUUUUGCACUUCUUGAAGCAAAAAUGGCUUUGGCUAUGAUUUUACAAUGUUUUUCGUUUGAGCUCUCACCAUCAUACAUUCAUGCUCCUACUAGUCUUACAGCACUUACGCCACAACAUGGUGCUCAUCUCAUCUUACAACGAAUUUAGCUUCCAUAAUUAAAUCGUGUUCGAUGAUUGUUUUUAGUGUGUACUUGUUACUUAAAUAUUUUUGAAUAAUAAUCAUUUGAAUUUGUAGGACGUUAAUUAGUUACUUUGUACCAAAUUCACUUUAUUAAAAAUUACAUUAAAGAUUGUAAUAAUUGAUGAGGAGAGUGUUCAAUUGUUUUGAUAAUGAUAUUUGAACAGUGAAACUAUUUCUAACGUU